AUGGGAGAGGAGAGCAUAUGCAAGCAGAAAUCCAGAGUACAAUGGCCCAAAUUAGGGGACUCAAACUCAGCUUAUUUCUUUGCCAGCAUCAAGAAUAAGAGAGCUCAGAAUCAUAUUAAAUCACUUGCUAGUGCAACGGGUGAAAUUAUCCAAUCAGAAAAGGGGAUAGAGGAGGAGAUUCUAGGUUUCUAUAAGAACCUACUUGGGGCUGCAAAUCCCACAUUACCUGCUAUACAAUUAGAUUUUAUAAGGAGGGGAUCUAUCAUAUCAAGGGCACAACAGUUGCAGCUUAUUCGACCAUUUACCAGGAAAGAAGUUUGGCAAGCAUUACAGGGGAUUGGUGAUAACAAAGCUCCAGGGAUAGAUGGAUUUAACUCAUUGUUCUUUAAGAAAGCAUGGAUCUCAAUUGGAGAUGAGCACACUCCAGGGAUUAUGGAUAGCCUCAUUGAUGAGAGCCAGGAGGUAUUUGUACCUGGCAAAGUCAUAACUGAUAAUAUUAUCCUUAGCUAUGAAUUAGUGAAAGGAUAUGGGAGGAAAGGGGUGUCACCAAGAUGCAUAAUCAAAAUUGACAUGCAAAAAGCUUAUGACUCUAUAGAAUGGUUGUUCCUAGAACAAGUUCUAAAUGAUAUGAACUUUCCUGAAAUAUUUGUUAGGUGGAUCAUGGUAUGUAUAUCAACAGUCUCAUACUCUAUAGUCAUAAAUGGUAAAUCAAGUGCUCCUUUUACUGCAAAAAGGGGAGUAAGGCAGGGUGACCCCUUGUCACCAUUCCUGUUUGUGAUAGCCAUGGAUUACCUCAGUAGACUACUAAAAACAUUGAAAGAUAAUAUCACGACCCUAAAACCUGCCCAGUCAUGA